GCCCAAUGACAACAUGAGGUUUGGGGAGAACGAGAACAGGUGGCCAACGGGGUCCAACUGGGGUUCGCUCUACUCGGAAGGACCGCAGUACCAGGGGAACGGAGCCUUUCCUGCUGGGUCUGCCUCUGCCUCGUUGUCUUCACAAGGAUACAACGGCCCUCAGUGGCAUGCAUCUCCGGGAAGCUGGCAGACUGGAGGCAACAACGCCGUUAGAGGUGCAGGAGCUUCAGCUUCCUCUGCCCACUUUAGUUCCAGUCUCUAUGCCUAUUCCUAUCCCGCGGGAGGCCAGAUUCCGAACAAUGUCGGAAACCAGCAGCGGGGCUCCAGAGACCGGUACUCCACGAGCGAGCAUGACGAUGACCAGGACCAAGAUCAGGACCAGGGUGGUGGCGGAGACACAACUAACUAGUCCGGCUAUGAAGACUGGUUUCCGCGGCGGUUGGCACUCCGAACGAUGUGCUGAGGAGAUUGAGAAGAUUUGAAAGACGAGGCAGGCGAGGACGACCUGGACCCAUGAAAUCCAGACAAAGGAAAUGGCUCAAGCGACCUUGGCGAGUGGCGAGAACAGUUAUCGAAAAAUAAAAGACGACAAAAAAAUUCCAAACAAAGGCAUCUCAGAGCCUCGACACGGGGCUGUGCUGUCCUUAAGUCUGUUGUAACAUUCCAUGCGAUUUUAGCG